UUUCUUUAUUUGUCACUCUCCUUUGCUCAUUAGUCUAUUGCGCUGAUAUUCACCUAAGAUUAAAAUCCUCCUGUUUCCCAGUGGUCUCUCUUGUCCCUUAAAUUCUGCAACAUUUCUGGAGACCACAUAAGGACUGGAGAGGACAGAGUUGGUGUCUCUUGCCUGCCAGGAGGGGCCUGAGCUGUAGGAACCCUGAGACCUCUGGUGCCACUGGGUGAGACUUCAGCUCGGAGAGGGAAUCAGCCCUCCUGAAGCCCAGAGGCUCCCUCCCUGCCAGCUCAACAGAACUUAUUGGGAUUCAGGGCGAUUCUGGAACAACAGCGUGCUACAGGACCACAACACUCCUGGCCAGAGCACUUUACAACAACCGCCCUGACUGCUCCGACGAGCUGGCUUUCUCCAGGGGGGACAUCCUGACCAUUCUGGAGCAAAACGUGCCAGAAAGUGAGGGCUGGUGGAAGUGUCUGCUUCAUGGCAAGCAAGGCCUGGCCCCAGCCAACCGCCUCCAGAUCCUCACAGAGGCCUCUGAAGACGGAUCCUGCCCUGCUCUCAGCUGUCCUCCCACCAGCGAGGAGGAGACCUACCAGGUGCCCACCAUGCUGCGCUCCUUACCGCCAGGGCCCGUGUAUGAGCCGAUGAAGAGCUGGGUGGAGGGGUCCCCACCUCCCACUGCCCAAGUCUACGAAUUCCCUGAUCCACCUUCCAGAGCCAGAAUCGUCUGUGAAAAGACUCUAAGCUUUCCAAAUCAGGCCCUCUUCGAGCUUCCCAGACCUUCGAGGGCCUCGGCGCCAGCCCUGCUCUCCCAGGUGUACGAUGUGCCUGCCCACAGCCAGCCCUCCUUGGCCUUUAAUGAGCCAGCGAAGCACCAGUUAUAUGAUAUACCAACUAGCCCCCACAAGGCAGCCUUCCAGCUCCCACCCAAACAAGCAAGUGGCCAGAGCGUUCCCCCGACACCAGCGCUGGACUUCAGAAGAGGUGGUUACAAGACAUUGCCAACCCCUCAGAAAUCAGGAUGGAUUUAUGACACACCAGUGCCUCUGGCAAAGGCCACUGUCAGAAAUGCAUCUCCAACCGGCUUCACAGAAGAGUCAAAGCCAAAUGCUGUCCCCAGUUCGGCAGCCACUGCCCUCAGUCCCCAGGGCAGCAGAGACUGGGUCCUCCAUCCGCAGCUGUGUGACAAUGUGCCCAGGCAGAAAAAGCUCAGCCUUCCUGAAAUCCCUUCCUCUUCCUUCCCAGCACCCAAUAACACAGUCCCUUCAGAUGCAGGCAUCAGCUACAAGGUGCCUUCAAGCUUUCUGAUUCCCCGAGUGGAGCAGCAGAACACCAAGCCUAAUAUUUACGACAUCCCUAAAGCAAGCUCAAGUGCAUCUCAGGCUGAGAAAGAGUUUCAAAAAGCCAAGGAGGCUCCAGAGAAUUCCACGGGCCUCAAUUCCUGCCCAUUCUCAAGAUACACAACCACUCUGUCUCCUGAGCUGGACAGAUUGUCUCUUUCCAGCUCCGACAGCAGAGCCAGUGUUCUUUCUUCAUGCUCCUCUACAUCCACUGACUCCUCCUUCAGCUCCUCCUCCUCAGAGUCAGCCAAGGAGCUCUGUCUGGAUGUGGACUCAGCCAAAGACAUGGCAAUGGCCCUGCAGCACAAGGUGGUCAGCUCUGCAGCUGGCCUACUGCUGUUUGUGAGUAGGAACUGGAGGCUCCGAGACUCCCUGGAGGUCCAUAUCCAUGCGAUCCACAGGGCCGCAGACCACAUAGCAGAGUCCCUGAGACAAUUCCUGGAUUUUGCCCAGGGAGUUCGUGGGAUCACCUGCAACCUCAGUAACAGUCACCUUCAGGCCAGAAUUCAGGAUCAGCUACAGACAAUCUCCAACUCCUACCAGAGCCUGCUGGAAGCAAAGGAAUGCCUGGACAGCUGCAAGUGGUCUCUCGACGUUCUUUUGGUGGACAAAGUCCAAAACAGCAUGGAUGACCUUGAGAGGCUUGUCAUGGUUGCACAGACGGUUCCUGAAGAUGUCAAGAGGUUUGUCUCCAUUGUCAUCGCUAACGGGAGGCUCCUUUUUAAGCAGAACUGUGAAAAAGAAGAUACAGUACAGUUGCCCCCAAAUGCAGAAUUCAAAUGUGCGAAAUGUGUCCAGCUUCCUCAAAGAGAAACGGAAUCCUACCAAAAGAACACUCCUUCUAAUAAACAGUGGGGAAAUGAACACUCCCCUAAACUAGCAGAGAAAAACAGGACAGCUGUCUGUGAACAGAUGUUACCUGGCCUAGAAGAGAAAGAAAAGUCCAUCUUAGAACGAAAGUCAGAUGAAAAUAAAAAUGUAGGACCAGUGAAUCCCAGCUUGCUACCCCAGCCCUGGAGCGGGCCGGCCCCCGAGAGGAAAGUCCCCCUUUCUGAGCACUGCCGGCUGUACUUCGGAGCACUCUUCAAAGCCGUGCGCGUGUUCCACGGCAGCCUCAGCGCCGGCCAGCCGCCCGAGGUCUUCAUCACGCAGAGCAAGCUGGUCAUCACGGUGGGGCAGAAGCUGGUGGACACGCUGUGCAAGGAGACCCGGGAGAGGGACGUGCGCAACGAGAUCCUCCGCAGCAGCGGCCGCCUGUGCGGGCUGCUCAAGUCCCUGGCGCUGGCCACCAAGGAUGCGGUGCUCAAGUACCCGAGCCCUGAGGCCCUGGGGCUGCUCCAGGCCGAGGCUGAGAAGCUGGAGCAUCAUGCGAGGCAGUUCAGAGAGAUGUUGGAAUGAGCCCUUCCUCCGGGGCUAACUCUCGUACCCAUGACCUGUGCAACUGUGCGUGAUGGGACAGGCCCGCGGGCCAUGCACAGACAGCACCGAGUCCACAGCACCACGGGGCCACGCAGCCCAGGACGCUGACCCCAAGGGGGCUCCGGAAAGAGACUCGGUAUUAAGGACGCCGUGAAGUGAGUGUACAGUGCUGGUGUCUAAGCAACUUUGUGGAGAGCAUCGUGUAACUCGUUACAUGUGUGCAUGGUUUACAUUCAUUCAUCCAACGCCUAUUUAUUGAGCACCAGUUAUGCACCAAGUUCUGGGAGCUGCCUGAGUGUCAGAGGCUGGCUGAGCUCAUGGUCCGGUGGGGGACAGACAUGAUGAAGUAAGGAAGAAAUACAUUGUCAGUACAUAGAGGAAAAAGCUGGGGAGGAGGAAGGGAAUUUAGUUUCAAAAGAUUAAUAUGUUACUUCCAUUAGAAAAAUGCAAUAUAUCCAUCCCCAGUACAAAACACAGAAAGAAAGAAAAUGUGAUACAGGGUAGGGGAUGUAGCUCAGCAGCACUGUGCCUACCUUGCAAGUGUAAGGUCCUGAGUUUGAUCCCCAGUACUGGAAAAAAAAAAGAAAAAAGAGAAAAUGUAAUGCUUUUUUUUUUCAUUUUGGAUUGAAUUAAUUCCUUGAGAUUGGUACAAAUUAUACCUGUGUCUUGGACAAAUACAUAUAUGUACAUACAUAUAUAUUUGCUAUGUUAUCUUACCCUGGUUAAAGACGCAUGCUAUAUUUGCAGCAUAACAUGCUCUGUUGGGUUCCCUAUUAACUUAUUUUGUGUACUACAGAUUCUCUGUUGAUAAACUCUACUGCUCAGAUGGGAAAGGUACUUUGGCAGUUGCAAGUCGGUUAUGGUCUAUAAUAUUAUUUAAAUAGAAUCAUGAAUGCAAACAUCAUCUGCUGCAAUCCUUUCUUUGGAAAAGUCUUGGAUCAGUGUCACCCAAGUUCUGGUGCCACAGUGAAGCCUUUGGUCUUGAUUUUGCCCUGCAGGGGCUUCUCUCUGGGGUCUGCAGCGAGUUGCUAUAGAGGUCAAGUUCUCAUGCACCUGGCCUGGUGAAUGAAGCUGUCAGCUUCAUUAAUAACACAAUCAGUGGUGCUGCAGACAGGAAAAUGUGGUGUGCUCGGGAUGCCUAUCACUGGGCACAGAUGUGGAAGUGGCCCUGGGCUCCCUUCCAGGCACACCACCUCCUCUUUCUCUCCUUGAAGCUGACUCUUGCUAGUGUUGCUAUGCUCCUGCCUCACCUCCAUGCACCUCAGACACUGUACAGCCUCAUCACCAGGAAAAGCAUCCACAGCCCCAGACCUUUGCAGUGGUACCAAGUUCAGCUCCUAUCUGUUCCUCUGCCCUUGGGCAGAAAUUAUUCACUGUGGAAGACUGGCUAUUUUUAUUGAGUGAGUCUCGGGCUCUAUAAAGAACGAUCUCUCCAUUGUGAGCCUUAGUUCUCUGCAACUGGACAGAGAGAUGGGAGGGCCACGUGCUAUGAACAGCAGGAUUUCAUCAGUUAGGAUCCUGUUCCGAGUGACAGAAAAACAUGCACAGUCUGUCUUAAGCAACAGAGGAAAUGCAUUGACUCGAAUAUCUUAAAAUAAUCUAGGGCAGCCCAGCUGUACAUCUGGCUGGUCUCCCGGGCUCCAGCAGUGUUACCGAGGAGCAGUGUCUUGAUCUCACUCUCUUCGAGUCAACUCCAAUCAUUGCAAGGUGGCUGCCUCAGAUUAUGUCCUUCUUCGUUCAUGGCCAGAGGAGAAAAAAGAGACUUCAUUGUGUGUGCAGUGGGUUAUCAGGGCCUGUCCUGGACAGCUUCAUCGUCAGGCAGGCACAGAGACACAGACAAAGACUCACACUCACACACACACACACACACACACACACACACACACACACACAGAGGCAGAGGCUCCCCAUGUCCUGAGAGAGGUGAAGUGACAGUCCUGUCAAGAGCUGAGAAGUGCCUAAGGGUUUUUUUUUUCCUACUUCAAAGAGCAAGUUUAAAGUGAAAUCGGCAAAGGGAGGAGGCACCUGGAAUGAGAUGUGGGGGGCAGCACACAUUUCCCAGAGUUGUCACCCCACAAAGGCAUGCAGGACACACUUAAUUCCUCCAGCAAUGAGCUGUGACAGCACUGUGAGUUGCGGCCAUCCAGGAAGCUCGUUGAGUGCCUCAGAGCCGAGUGUUCUCACCGGGGGUCCGAUCGUGCAAGCACCUGUCAUGUGUCCAGUCUCCCAAGAGAAAACAGGAGUCCCAGUCUGGACACUUUAGGCACAGUGAGCCAUUCUUAUCAAUUUGGGAGAUGAUGGAAACCUCCCCAAAUUCCAAGUCCCCAUUGCCAAACAGGAGCGGACCUUUUUGGCAGACCUUUCUGAGGAUGCCAGCCAGACCUGCCACCUGAGCUCCUGUCUGCACAACAAACUCUCUCCAAGCAUUCAUUGCAAGCCAGCUUAUGGUUGUCAUUUUCAAAUCAUUUGGCCGUAUUCCUCGAGCCCCAGGACUGAAAGCAUGGGAGAUUAGGUAGAUGCUGUCACACAUUGGGAUCUUAGGAAGUGACUGAAUGACAAGAGCUCUAAUCAUAAUUUGAGACGUUAUUGGGAGCUGAUGGAAAUAGGAAGUAGGCCUACUCAGAGGGAGUGGAUCAUAGAGGCCUUGAGCUUGGGGACUGUACCUGGUCCCUAGCUCCUUCCCCUUGGGGUCUUUCUCUGUUCCUCUGCUUCCUGGCUUGUAGGAAGUGAGCGGCUUCACUCUACCAGAUCCUUCCGCCAUGAUGUUCUGCCUCACCUCAGGUGCACAGCAAGGGAGCCACCCAACCAUGGAUCGAAACGUCUGAAACCAUGAGCCAAAAUAAACUUCUCAUCCUCCAAGUUGACUUUCUCAGGUAUUUGGUCACAGCAGUGAAAAGCAAACACACCAGAAUCCCUGUUAUAAUGGGCCGCAAGCAGACCUGAUAAAAAAGGGGUCAUCUUUACUGUGCUGGACAGGUUUGCUAACAAACCUCCCUCUGCUGUCGAGGGAGGCACUAGCACCAUCUUCCAAGGCUGUUGGCCACUAAUACCCUGACAAGAUGGUCCAGGGCCAAGUGCCAGGUGCUGUGCUCAGAAGAUAAAUGGAAAUGAAAGACACCCAUGGAGAACCAUCUUCCAGCAAGAUCAUCUGGCAAAAGUCAUGAAUAUUGCUGGAAGAAGAAAAAGGGAUUGUUGCAGGGAGGCAAACAAUACAUUUUUAUUGAAG